CCAGAGGAGCAACUGAAAGCUGAGCCAUCACCAGAGAAAGUUGAGGGUGAGAAAAAAGGUAAAAAGGCUAAACGAAGGGCUAAAAAGAAGAAGGCAUGGGAUGAGGAUAGUGAUGCUGAAGCGGUAGAUGAGGGCAACGAGACUAUCGAAGCAAACGGUACCGAGCUCCGCGAUAGCGACACGCUCGGCGAACCUGUUGCGGAACUUGGCGAGGAAUUGGCGAAUGCGUCUAUAGACGCCCCAGAUGAGCAUUUAGAAGAUGAGGAGAACAUAUUCCUUUCCGCUGCUAAGCAGAGUGAAAAGAAAAAACGACGAGCAGAAAAGAAGGACAGUCCUGUCAAUGAAGGAGCCGCUGCAUCGCAGGAAAUCUCUCAUCCUGUCAACACUGGUCCGAAGACCGACAUCUGUCAUAAAUGCAAGGAAGUCUUUGAAAGCCGAACGAAGUUGUUUCAACAUCUCAAGCUUACUGGUCAUGCUACGAUCAAAGGCCCACCGCCACCACCUCCUAAAAAUAAGAAAGGGAGGAGAAAAUGA